UACCGAUUAUUUUAAAAUAAGCACUCAAACACAAACAAAACUCCCAAUAUCAUUUGGUUGCCUACAGUUUGCACACAAUUUGUAACACCUGUCAUUUAAAAAAAUCAAAAAUAAAAUCAAAAUACAAUGAUCACCCUUACACUCAUCCUCCUACUUCCUUUCCAACUAAUAUCAUCAUCCCAGAAAGCGGAUAUGUUCGAUUACUGCGCGCAACACGAACGCAAUACACCCUGUAUGUACCACUGCGUGCGAUCAUCCAAAUGCGGCCACACCGGAACCAGUUACCAGGACCUCAACAACCAAGAACGUGAACUAAUCAUCCAUCUCCAUAACCUCAAACGUGCACGCCUCGCAACCGGAAAUGGCAUCUCCCUUCUCCCACCAAAACUCCCCCGAUACAUCCCUGUAAGCUACGACAAAGAAUGUGAAUUCAUCGCUGGUUGCUUCGCGAAACAAUGCUCCAACCACCCGGAUAAAAUGCGCAUCGCCUUGGAUUCCACACGCCUCGGACAAAACCGUUACAUAUUCUCCAUGCGUCGCGGCUCCCAACACACCAAAACCCUCUCUGAACUACGCCUGCAACUAAUAUCAGCUGCGAUACAUUCAUGGUUCAACCCAGGACUUCUUCUACCCGAAGCAAGAUAUUCCGAGAUACAUGAUUCCUAUGUGCCGGUAUUCUAUCCACAACGCACCGCGACAUUCACGCAAAUGGUAUGGGAGAAGACUCUGUUCGUCGGGUGCGCCAUUAUGCAUAGCGUACGCGAUACAAAAUGGGACAUGUAUGAAGUCCUAUGUAAUUAUCGACCUGAAGGUAACAUUGUAGGUCAAAAGGUUUAUACUAUAGACAAUGAGAAAAUCCCAUGCACGCCGAGAAAAUCAGGUUCGGCGUUUGUUUGUGAAAAUUACAUCAGGAAUAAUUCGGAUGAUAAUUACGAUCCGCCUGUGAAUUUAAAUAUGGCGUGGAGGAUUAGCAAUGGAGCAGGAGGGAACAUUGUUCAGAUUGUUGCCGUUUUUACUUUGGUCUAUUUUUAGAGUGUAUUAUAUCUUAUCUGGAAUGUCGCCGAAUUGUUUAUCAGUGAUAUAUUAAUCGGGUCCAAUUUGCGAUAAACAUAUUAUUGAAUAUUGUAUUGCUUUCGGGAGGUGCAUUACAUUUUAGUGCUUGGUGGGACAUUCCACGCUGGUAUUGUGUUUGUGCGGUGGAAUUUAUUUGCAAAAAUUGUGUUUUAAGGAAGAAAAAUAUAGAAAAAACAUCUG